AUCACUUUUAUUAGUCAAGCUUUAGCUGAGUUCUCUAACUGAUUCAGAUUUGAACGUUUGAGAAUUUUCCUGCGAUACAAAGAUCGAAGAAUUCGUACCGCAGUCGGCGCAAGCUGACAGAAUAUGGAAAACUCCACGUCGCAGUAUCUAACAAGCAUGGAUCACGCCCUCUGCAUAACAUUUUGGGUGAUCGCUGUUGUUUCCUUUGUAUUAAACUUAUUGUUUGCCAUUGUAAUUGCGAGGAAACCUUCCAUGCUAAAAAGGCCUCAUAAUAUUCUACUGUUUAGUUUGGCCAUUACUGAUAUGCUAACUGGAGUCUUUCUCUUAGCUACUCCCGGAUAUGCCAUUCCCACGUCUGAAUACCCAGUCCCUCUUGGAUUACGCGGUGAGAUUUUUUGCCGUUUGCUCGCCAACAGAUAUAUCCUGUUUGCAUUGGGAAAAGUUUCCAUCCUUCUCGUGGCCUGUCUCGCCAUUGAACGAUGGUACUGCGUGUUAAGACCAUUCAAAUACAGGCAUCAAUUUAAAAGAAGGCGUACCAUUCUGUAUGUUGCCAUCACGUUUAUGAUCACGUGUAUUCUGUCCAUGAAUAAGUUGUUCGAAACGAGCUUACAUGGUAGCAAGUGUGUCACUGAUAAAGCUCCAUACGGUAUUGACGGUACUCGAGUGUUUGUCAUCGCUUACAGUUUUGUGGCAUUUUAUUUUCCCUGUUUGGUAACAUGGCUCACAUUUGCCAAUAUCAUGCGUAAUCUUCCAUCAUCUCCUGGAGAAAGUGCUGAGAGUGUCAACAAACGAAGGCGACAGAGAUUGUUACUGCGCAUGUGCGCUGUAACUGCAGCAGCCUUGACAGUGUGCGGCUUUCCUUCGCAGACCAAUUACAUUCUAAGCUCUUUUGGUAUUACAGAAGUUAAAAGCCCUUUGCAUAAGAUGUUCAAUGUUCUGGUGUUUUUUAAUUCCUGCAUGAAUCCCAUGAUAUACUGCCUUACUAACAAAGAUUACAGAAAAGAGUUCAAAAGACUUCUUGGAUGCCACCGAGGUAACGAAAUAUCUCCAGAAACGGACCAUGGCACCACUCUCCACUUGGAGCAAGCAGAAAAAGAUAAAGAGAUAACGUCCUAGCUCCCCCCGUGUGAGGCAUAUAAGGAGAGGAAGAGAUCUUGGUCUCAAACAAGAGACAACUUAUGUUCCCUUAUCCCGGGAUUGCUUCUCUCUUUCGUGGGCCUCAGUACCUACAACGUAAUCUCAUAAAGAUAUUUUCCUUUUCAUCUGGACUGGCUAUCAGCAAGGACAUAAAUGACAAAUCAAUGCUCUAUUGGGGUUCCACACUAUAGAAAUAGAGGAAAGAAAUUUUUUUUCCUACAAUUUUUUCUUUUUUCUUGUCCCAGACCGAAUAAAGACGCAGUAAUUCUGCCUCUAAAUAAAGCAAGUUGAAUGGUAAUUUAUGACAAUAUGAUAAAACAAUAAUGUAUCAUACGUAAAAUAUAUGGACUGGUGUAACCUUUGGUAGCAGGUAUUACCAGUAAAUCAUUUAAAACAAAACCGCUAAUAAUUGGUCGCAACUGCAAAUUGACUUUUUGGGCAUGAGUAAACCGAAUUGAACUCCUUUUGUUAGUUUCGUUUUUGACACUUAAUCUGAUAGGACUCUGAAUACAAUCUCGGAAUAAUAAGAAAUAAGAGAUCAUGGACCACACAUUUUUGUUAAAUCAGCGAAAAUAUCUUAGUGAAAAAGCUGAUCUGGCCAGCGUGGUCUGACCAUGUUUUAGUCAGUCGCAAUGAAUAAUAGGGAUGAUUAGGAUAAUUAAAUGCCUGGCAGCAUGCAAAGUGAGCUUUGUACAUUACUAUUAAUAUUGUAAGUAUAUGUAAACGAGGCAAGGAUCACACUGUGAAAGCUCAAAUUAAA